AUUGUAGCAGGAGAUAUCAUCAAGAUGGAAAAUAAGACUGAAAAGGAGAAGGUAGAAAAAAUGCCCAUCGAUGAAAUGACAUCGAAGGACUACUAUUUUGACUCCUAUGCUCAUUUUGGCAUCCAUGAAGAAAUGUUGAAGGACGAAGUUCGAACGCUUACUUACCGAAAUGCAAUGUACCACAACAGACAUUUGUUUAAGGGCAAGACUGUUCUUGAUGUUGGUUGCGGUACAGGCAUUUUGUCAAUGUUUGCUGCGAAGGCUGGUGCUGCCAAAGUCUAUGGAAUUGAAAUGUCAAAUAUUGUAGAACAUGCUAAGAAAAUUGUUACUGCUAAUAAUCUUGAUAAUGUAGUGGAAAUCAUUCAGGGCAAAGUAGAAGAAGUAACUUUGCCAGUAGAGAAAGUGGAUAUAAUCAUCAGUGAGUGGAUGGGCUACUGCCUCUUUUAUGAGUCAAUGUUAGACACAGUCCUCUAUGCUCGUGAUAAGUGGCUGGCCACAGAUGGAAUGCUCUUCCCUGAUCGUGCAACUCUUUUUGUUUCUGCGAUUGAGGACCGUCAGUACAAGGAUGACAAAAUCAACUGGUGGGAUAGUGUAUAUGGUUUUGACAUGUCUUGCAUUCGUGAAGUAGCCAUGACAGAACCCCUGGUGGAUGUAGUGGAAGCAAAGCAGGUUGUGACAAAUUCUUGUCUAGUUAAAGAAGUUGAUCUUUAUACAGUGAAGAAGGAAGACUUAGCAUUCAGCUCACCAUUUCACCUACAGGUCCGAAGGAAUGAUUAUGUACAUGCUCUUAUCGCUUAUUUCAAUAUUGAAUUUACAAAGUGUCAUAAGAGGACUGGUUUCUCUACAGCUCCAGAGGCGCGAUACACACAUUGGAAGCAAACCGUUUUCUACUUUGAUGAUUACCUGACAGUGAAACAUGGAGAAGAGAUUUUUGGAACCUUUACCAUGAAGCCAAAUGAGCGUAACAAUCGUGACUUAGAUUUCCAAGUAGAAAUGGAAUUCCAUGGGGAACUGUCAGAAUGCAGGGAAUCUCACAAAUACAAGAUGCGUUAAAGCAGUGGUGGUUUAUACGGUGAUCACUUUUCAGCCUUCUGUAGGUGAUCAGUUUCUUUUGAAAUUAAGGAUCUAUUUCAUAAAGACUUUAUAAUGCAAAUGAAGGAAAUGUCUGAAGUCAGCAUAUUGUUUUACUAUCAUUGACAGGAAAAUCAAACAUUUCAUGAAGCGCCAACUACUGAAGAUAACUUGAAAAUGGAUGAGCAUUAGACUCUGCAUCUCUUCCAGGAACUUGAAAAGAUUCCUGGUGGGUGAGCAUAAUCAUCUGCUUCUCCAGUGCUAGAGGAUUGAGCAAAGACUCCUGACCUCUCCUUAUUUACGUUUGUGACUUUAGCCAGUGUUUUGAUGUGGCAAAUCACAUCUGAGUGGUGCAAGUCGACAGUAAAUGAAAAAGUGAAGUGAAAGUGGAAAAAAUUCUUAAACGUAUGAUAUGUCAGUGAAUCAUCUUUUUGCAGAAGAGUUGGGCGGAAGUCAUAAGUGGACUCUGUAGUAAAUUAUUAAUUACAGUGUAUCAGAAAUGUGCUAUUCUAUCUUGUUUAUCAGUAUACAUAGGUUUGAUUUUUAUGAUUCUGUGUAAAUAUCAAAUGUUUACAUGAGUAAUUGUACUUAUUUGUGGCAGUUCCAAACCAAAUAAAACUCAUCUGAAUAUAUUAGUCGUGCAGCUGGAAAUGUUUUGAAGGCUUGUAUAAGACACAGGAAGCCCAUUUUAAGGGCCCAUGUCAUUCCAGGGUGUAGCUUAAGUGAGCUGUAUGAUAAACUAUUUUCAGAUGUUGGUUCAUUAGUUUUUUGUUCGAAGAAUAUUUUAUCUAUAUUUUCUCCCAAAUUAAUCUUACUUUUUUCACUAAAGCUUUUGUAAAACAAUUCUUAAAUUCCUUAAAAGAGAAGGUAAAAAGUGACUUUUUUAAAGACUCCAUUUGCUUGUCAUACAAAAGACCAUAGGGUUUUACAUAUUUAGGCUCUUACAUGGAUUAACACUAACUCAAAGUUCAACACACACAAAUCACACAAUUUGGUUGUCACAAGAUUCCAAUACAUCCUUUUAGUUGAGGAAUAUUUGUGCCUCUCAGUACAUGCUUUAGAACAAAAUAUCAGUUGUAUCAGUCAUUUAGUAUUUUAAUCGACGAGUCAGAUUUACAAUCUAUCUUAUUGGUCUCAAUAUUAAUGAUAGCACAAAUGAUAUAACAUUAUAAAGUGAAAUCUCUACAUAGACAUUUAUUAUAAAGGAUCAUUACUGACAAA